GCAACGAACGAAGCCACUAGACGAUUGAUUGGCUUGCUCCUACAAGACUUUGAAGGCCAACCUGUGCAAGCUACUUCAAAUUGGCAAGUACGCCCAGCUCCGUUGGUCCAAGUUCGCCAUGGACGCCGGGCCGCCCUCAUCCUCGCCGCCGCGGCUGCACCUUGUGAUCUUCCCGUGGCUCGCGUUCGGCCACCUGCUCCCGUACCUGGAGCUCGCGGAGCGCGUGGCGUCGCGCGGCCACCGCGUGUCCUUCGUCUCCACGCCGCGCAACAUCGCACGCCUCCCGCCGGUGAGCCCCGCCGCGGCGCCGCGCGUCGACCUCGUCGCGUUGCCGCUCCCGCGCGUCGACGGCCUCCCCGACGGCACCGAGUGCACCAACGACGUCUCCCCCGACAACUUUCAGCUCCUCUGGAAGGCCUUCGACGGCCUCGCCGAGCCGUUCGCCGGGUUCCUGGCCGCCGCCGACGAGGCCGGCAAGAGGCCCGAUUGGAUCAUCGCCGACACCUUCAACCACUGGGCACCCCUCGUCGCCCUCCAGCACAAGCUGCCAUGCGCGAUGCUCUUGCCAAGCGCCUCGAGCAUGGUUGACUGGACGUUCCGGUCCUCGGACUUGCCUUCUGCUUCCAUGUCCGAGCUAGGCGCACCAGAGGAACGACGGGACGGCGUGCCUAGGUACGAGUGGGAGCAGAAGGCAAGGCUUUACAGCCGCCAUGGCGCGUCGGGUAUGUCCGUCGCCGAGCGCUGCACCUUGACGAUGGAGAGGUGCACGCUUGCGGCCAUUCGGAGCUGCCCCGAGUGGGAGCCUGAGGCGUUACGGCGGGUGGCGGCGGGCCUGAGCAAGCCGCUUGUCCCCCUCGGCCUUGUGCCGCCGUCGGCCGACGGAGGCCGGCGCCUCGCCGCCGCCGGCGAGGAGGAGCACCCCACCCUGCGGUGGCUGGACGCCCAGCUGCGGGACUCCGUGGUGUACGUCGCGCUGGGGAGCGAGGUGCCGCUGCGCGUGGGGCUGGUGCACGAGCUGGCUCUCGGGCUGGAGCUCGCCGGGACACGCUUCCUCUGGGCCCUGAGGAAGCCCCGCGGCGUCGACGACGCGGCCGUCCUUCCCCUGGGGUUCGAGGAGCGCGCGCGCGCGCGCGGCCGUGGGGUCGUCGCCAUGGGAUGGGUGCCCCAGGUCGCCAUCCUGGCGCACGCCGCCGUGGGCGCCUUCCUGACGCACUGCGGGCGCAACUCGCUCGUGGAGGGCCUCCUGUUCGGGAACCCACUCGUCAUGCUGCCCAUCUUCGGGGACCAAGGCCCGAACGCGCGGCUCAUGGAGAGGAGGAAGGUAGGGGUGCAGGUGAGGAGGGACGACGAGGACGGGUCGUUCGACCGCCAUGGCGUCGCCGACGCGGUCCGGGCCGUCAUGGUGGACGAGGACUCUAGGAGGGUGUUCGUAGCAAACGCCCUCGAGAUGCAAAAGAUUGUGACCGAUAAGGAGCUCCACGACAGGUACAUCGACGAGUUCUUACACAAAGCAACUUCCUACGUCGACCGGUAAUGGCAACUGCACUCCACUACGGGAACAGAUUAGAUAGGAUGGAGGAUAAAUAAUUCCACAUCAUACUAGGUGUAAAAUAAAUCUCUUCUUAAUCUCCUUAAAUCCUUCUAUGAUAGAGAUUAACCGAACAAAACCUACAAUAAAUAAUAUCCUCUGUGGUACUUACUGAUGCAAUAGGUGUCAGUGAUACGUGGAUUAUAUUUAAUCUGAGUUCAUAUGUUAACGAUACAUACUGUAUGCACAGUUGAGCAGAGAUCUCAUCUGCCGGUACUGUCACUAAGACGUAGUACUAUGUUUACUGGGAAUUUGUCUCCUUCAAUAUAAUAAUGUGCUGUGUUUUAUAUAA